UUCAGGGAGCAAAAUGUAAUCUCUGAAGUAUCAGAGGGCAUCAAAAAGGAUCAUCGAAAUGUCAUCCCGUGUUUAUAAUUUGCUUGAAAUGGCAACAAAUUUUGCUCUGCCCUCUGACGAUGCGGCCAGCUUUCCAUGGUUACAAGUUUUGUUGGAUUUGAGCCACGUGAUUCUCUGCUGCCUUCAAGUGCGGAAUGAAUGUCCUGAUUUGGCCUAUUCGAGAAGAUAUCCGGUGGCAACUUUGUUCGCUUGCACUAUUACAAGUUUAGCUGGCAGCGUCAUUGCUAAUCUACUUCUUGGCUUGCCACUGAUUGCAGACAUUGCUCAGAAUACUCACACGUUCUUGCUUAUUUUGAGUUGCUGGUACUUGGUUUUCUAUUCGCCGUUCGAUAUAUGUUAUAGAGUGUGUAAUUCAUACCUGGCUUUAAAGCUUCCUCUGUCUAUCUUCAAAGAGCUAGGACGUGCAAGGAAGGUCAGCAAAGGAAUCUCUCUGGCAAACUCAGUAUACCCUGGAAGUAUACCAAUAAUGAUUCUAAUUGGAACGGUGAAAGGUACUGGGUCGUCCUUCAUGCGACCGUUCGUCCUCAUGAGUCAGGGUUACUCGAUCCAUGAAGGUAAUCUGGACACUUUGGCGAAGCCGUCUUUCACAACAAAAGCGACCUUCUUGGCUGCUUGUAUUCUGGUAAUUGCGUUUGGACGCGAGAAUGGAAUAGCCGGACUGGGGUACCCACAGAUUGUCUUCAUUAUCAGCUUGCUCUUCGUUUACGCUAAGGUAUCUCUCACUCUGCUGAAACUGGGCGAUCCUCUGGUUCCGUUGGAAAACCUGUUGUGUAUGAUGUGCUUCGGAAGGGAGACUCUCUCGCUGAAAAAAGUGGACGAAGCAGAGCUUACUUCACAGCCGUCGCAGCGAAUUUCACAAGCAGGAGGACCUGGCUUGUCACGUGCUUCUUCAACAAUGCAAUCUGGUCUUCAUAGAACAAAAGCGGACUAACAUUUAAAUUCCUGGAUGGCAAACACACACACACAAACUGCCUAUCAAUUGUUUGAUUGGUGCAUGCUUUCUAUUAAAGUGCCUUCAUUUUGCAUAAUAAUUAUGCUUAAAAUUUAUUCCCAUUGCAUAAGAAUGUUCUUAGAGAAGAUGUUCUGAGUUGGAAGUAUGGUAAAGUUGUUUUAAAGUGCUGUCUAUUUAACGCUAGGCUUCCUUUUGCCUCUGCAGCAUAUUUAGCCUAAUUCAUGGGUCCAGCACCAGUGCUUUUGUAAAGCUGGGCCAAAAUAGUUUGUGAUAAUUGAUGGUUUUGGAAUGAGUGCUAGAGUGGAAUAAUUGAAUUUUCUGACUAAUUACAUGCCAUACUAAACUUUGUCUUCUCAUACUUGGACCAGCAACUUACUGAUUUUUUAGUUGCAUUUAAGUGUUUGUAAUUUGUUCAGAAUUUAAUUUAUUUUUUAAAACCAAAAGAAUGAAUUGAAUAUUUAUUAAAACUUCGCAAUAGUGUUUAAAAUUAACUAAAAGAUUGCCAGCUUGAAAAGUGCUUUCAACGUGCUUAAAAAAAUGUGCUUUCAAACAA